AUGAGGGCAUCGAGUCCAGGCCCAUUCAUGGCGACGUGUUCGCGGAGGAACCGCAUACGACUCCGCUCGAAUCAGACAAUCAAACAGCGAAAAAAUCGGUCUCAUAAAUUGAUUUGGCCCUGCCUGGCUCUCAAGCUUGACGCUGUGCCAAGGUGCUCGCCGGUACUUUGUCGCGAUUAA